AGUGACCUACUCUUUCGUUGGUGUUAAUAAGGGUGGUAACUGGUAAUAGACAGUUCGCCCAAUGGGGCAAUAGGGUCGGGUCAGAUAUGAAAGGGCUUCACCCUUUUUUUUUACAAUCUGUAACUAGGAAUCAGAUUACAACAUUAUCAAUGUUAUGUAAGAGAGGAACUGUCAUAAGUUGUGUUUAGUGGACUUGAGUAUAUAAUGGACAUUUUGUUGUUUUAAUCCAUAUAAUUAAGGAAUGACAUUGUGAAAGGUAUUCUUAUACUAAAGAAAUUGCAUAUAUAUUAUUUUUCUUUGUCUUUCUUCCUUCCCCCCCCCCCCCUCCCUUUUUUUUCUUGGAUCCAUCUACCAGCUCAUAACAUAUAUUCUUAUAUUUAUUAAACUUAUCUCUUUGUAUGAUUGUAUCAUUUGGAAAGGGAAAUACCACUUGUCACUCUGCAAUGUUAAUACCUUGUAUCAUAGUCCAUGGGAGCAACCAAAGUUGGUUGGUGUGAGUGGUAAGUUCUCUCAUCCUUUAAACAAGUAGUCAGGGAUUCGAUUCCUGAUUCUUGCGAAUAGAGCUCCCAAAGUUGGGAGGGGUAGAGGGAAAUUACCCCUACUAUCAGUGGAGGAUACUCCCUGGCUAACACCAAAAAAACAAAAAAAAAAAAAAAGAAAAAAGAAAAGUCCAUAAGAGCAUCUUUGCAAAUCCCUCUGAUGUGCUUAAAUAUUGUCUUGAAUACUACUUCCCAUGGACCGCAUAUGAGCUUUUAUCACCCAUCUAUCACCUUCCCAGUUCUCACAUUUUAUCACCCAUCUAUCACCUUCCCAGUUCUCACAUUCUUUCUUCCAUUUUUUUUUCCAUAAAAGUAAUCAUAUAGAUGGUCAACUUAACUUCCUGUAGCUGUCCAACUUAAAUCACCUCUGAAAAUGAAUUUCAAAGAAUAAUUAUUAAUACUGUUAUUAAUGAGUAAAGUUACUAUCAAAUAGAAUUCAUCAUUUCAGAAACCUUGCUAUAUAAAUCAUAGCAUGUUUCUCACCUCAAGCCAAAAGUCCAAUCCAAAUGGCUUCUCUUUCAUUAGCUUACACCAUUCUUCUCUUCUUCAUUUUCCUCCCUUACUUGAUUACAUCCCAGCAAACUUAUGCUUCAGAUAUUUGCCCUGCAAAUAACAACGCAACUUCUGUUCUUGGGUACACAUGCAAUGGUGUGAACAGAACUUGCCAGUCUUUCCUCAUUUACAGGGCUCAGCCUACCUACAAUACCAUUUCUUCCAUUGCUUCCCUUUUAUCUGCCAAUGCGUCUCAGAUGUCUGUCAUCAACAGCAACAUCUCGGAAAACAUGACCUUGGCAACAAACACAGACGUAAUAGUCCCUGUGAUAUGCUCAUGUUCAGGUAGAUUUUACCAAGCCAACACCACUCAUGUUGUUCAAACUGGUGAAAAUGACUAUGCGAUAGCUAACAGGACCUUUGAAGGUUUGACUACUUGUAAUGCUAUUCGAACUCAGAAUAUCAGUCCAAAUGAAAGACUUACUAUACCUCUAAGGUGUGCUUGUCCUACAAGUAGACAACUUAAUGUAGGGAUUAGGUACCUUAUGAGCUUUGUAACGCAAGAUGGCAAUGAAAUUCCUGAGAUAGCUAUAACAUUUGGAGCUGAUGUUGGGCAAACAUUCGAAGCCAAUGAAAAAUCCGAGCAAGAUUCUGCUAUCGAAUCUUUUACAACCCUUCUUGUUCCAUUGCAUAACCCACCAAAUGGUUCUGUACUACAGUAUUUUCCUCCUUUACCACCCCCAUCAUCCUCUCCACCAUCUCUUCCUCCUACAGCCACACCAAGGUCAUCAAGUGGGACUUCAAGUAAGAAAUGGGUAUUUUUCGGGGUAGGUGUAGUUGCAGGUGGUGUAUUUGUUGCUGCUGCAGAGAUCCUAUUUUUCUUUAUGUUUUUGAAGAUAAGUAUGAGGAAGAAAAGUGAUCCAAUCGUUUCAUCUGAAGCACAAGAAGAGACCCUUCUGCAGAAGGAACCAAAGACAGACACUGAGUCCUUAGAGUUUCUUGAGAGCAUAUCAAAAAUAGCUUCCCUAAAAGUAUACAGUUUCAAGGACUUGCAAGCAGCUACAGUAAAUUUCAGCUCUGAUCAUUGGAUUAAGGGAUCCGUAUAUAAAGGAAAUGUUAAGGGUGAUGAAGUGGCAAUCAAGAAAAUGGAUGGAGAUGUCAGUAGAGAGAUUAGUGUACUAAACAAAAUUAACCAUUUAAAUCUCAUCAGACUAUUGGGAGUUUGUUUCGAGAAUGGUGUUUGGUACUUUGUUUAUGAAUAUGCAAGUAAUGGAGCUUUAAGUGAUUGGAUCUACCAAAACAAUAACCCAGAUUGGAAAGCCUUGAGUUGGGGAAAGAGAAUGCAGGUAGCUUGUGAUGUUGCCACAGGGCUGAACUAUCUUCAUACAUAUACAAGUCCACCGCAUGUUCACAAGGAUAUAAUGAGUAGUAAUGUUCUACUUGAUACUGAGUUCAGAGCAAAAAUUGCGAAAUUUGGGCUUUCGAGACCAGUUAAAGGGAAUGAUGGUAAAUUCACUCUAACAACUCAUAUUGUGGGAACAAAGGGUUAUUUAGCUCCCGAGUAUUUGGAGAACGGAGUAGUGUCUCCCAUGCUAGAUGUUUAUGCAUUUGGUGUUCUGUUGCUAGAGAUGCUGAUUGGGAAGGAUGUUGCUUCCCUUUAUGAAGGAGUUAAGGUUCACUUAUCUGAGGUUUUAGGCCCUGUGCUGACUGAGAAAGAUGGGUUUUCGAGCUUAAAAAAAUUGAUUGAUCCUUCACUUGGGGAAGAUUAUCCUACUGAUAUUGCGUAUAUUAUACUUGUGCUAGUUGAUCGUUGCUUGAGUAAAAAUCCAGGAAAUCGUCCUGUCAUGGAUGAAAUUGUUCAAAUUCUGUCUAAAACUUUGACAACCUCGCUUAUCUGGGGAUCGAGUACUUCUGCUAGUGUUUCAAGCUUAUGAUCUUUGAAAGAUUUGUGUUGAAGUUGCUUCUUUGUGUGCAAUAUAUCUAACUAUCUGGGGAUCGAGUACUUCAGCUAUCGUUUCAAGUUUAUAUAUGUUUAAAGUACAAGAUUUGUGUUGCAGUUGCUUCUUUGUGUGCCUAUAUCUAGCUUGUUAUUGUUCAACCAAAAGCUUCAUAUUCAGUUUCUUUUUCAUUUGUAUUA